AUGUCGACUAAUGCACACGUCGGCGCAAGCACUGGCCGAGCGCCAAUCUGGUUUAUCGCUCAUGGCGGGCCUCCGACAAUGUACGAUCGCCAGCAUCCGGCGUACAAGCACUGGCUCCGCGUCGCCCGUGAGAUCAAAGAGUCAAAGCUCAAGGCAAUCGUCUUCAUCUCUGCCCACUGGCAGCGCGAGGACGGUCCCUCCAAGUCCGUUUCGGUCAAUGUCGCAGAGACGAUACCGCUCGUGUACGACUUCUACGGGUUUCCUAAGCACUACUACGAGGAAACUUUUGAGACGAGGAACCCCGAGUGGCUCAGCAAGGCGGUCCGCGAUCAGCUCUCUUCCAAGGGCUACCACGUGGAGAGCGUCGAGCGCGGGCUCGACCAUGGCGUCUGGGUUCCUCUCCUGGCCGCCUUUGGCCCAAAGCUUGACAUUCCGCUUAUCCAGGUCUCACUCCCACCUUCGACGAGACCGGAUCAGGACGGCAUCGACGCCUUGCAGCUCGGUGCCGCGCUGCGACCACUCCGGGACCAAGGCUUCGCAAUCGUCGGUGGCGGUCAGCCCGUCCACAACCUCCGCGACUUCUUUCGAUACAGCCAAAUGGGUCCAGGGGUCAAGGCACCAUACGCCCAAAGCUUUGCCACGGCCUUGACGCAGGCCCUCGUGCCGCCCUCUUCUCAUCCAUCCAAGGACGAAGACAACACCACGGACCCCAGACGAUGGGAUGCAGCAAAGGCCCUCUUUCUGCGGCCCGACUACAGGCAGGCCCACCCCACCAGCGAGCACCUGCUCCCCGCCCUGGUCGCCCUAGGUGCUGCGCACUCUGACGAGGCAGGCACCGAGCAGAUCGAUCACAUCGAUGGCGCUCUCGCCUGGAACAUGUACCGAUACGGAUAG